AUGGGCAUUCGCUCGACUGUGGUGUUCUGUGUGACCAGCUUUCUGCUAGGCACCCUGUUUACCCAUUGGAUUGCAGACUCCUUGACUCUCUGGAAGUCGCCCAUCACCGAUGAGCACCUAUGGACUGCAGCAAGCUAUUACUACUUCCUCACCAAGGCUGCCCCCUUUAUUCUCUAUUUGUUCACUGCGGUAGUCGCUCUGGGUGCAAUCGCAGUUCUAUGGAGUCUUGGUGACGGAGAGGCUUCUAAUCUAAUGUUCGAUGGUGGUUCAGUCUUCUUGUUUGGAACAUCUGUGGCACUCUACUCCUACUCUGUCAUUCCAGUCAUCGUUGCAAAAUUCGCGACCCUACCCGUCCACCAAGAGAAAGUACCAGAUUUGAUGCGGAAUGACAUCUUGCAUCUUGCCUCCAACAACCUGAUGUGUAGUGUGGCUUUAACGGGGGUAUUGAUUCUCCAAGCAGGGCGAUUCUGGACCGAACGCAGCGAUGAUUCACAAGUCGCAGCCGAAUUGCGACGUCAGACAGCGCUACUUCGAGCUGCCGAGUCGCGUGCGAGGACCCCGGAGCCACAAAAGCCUUCGUGA